AUGGCAAUCCUCAGCAAAUUGGCCCCAGUUCUGGACAUCGAGGGGCGAGUGUCAAAGGUUAGCGUCAUCCGUUGCGUGACUCCAGACGAUUCCUGUGAACAGAUCCACGUCAACGUGCGAAGCGCCGUCUCGGUCAGCCAUUUGAAGCUGCGUGUACCGCUUUGUCGCACCCCGGAGAUCACCAAUCUCAACGGCAAGGUCGUCCGCGUCCGCGUCCACCUCUACCGUCACAAGGAUCCAAACGCACUGUACGCUCCGGACAUGUUCCCCGGCAAACCAUUUUCGACGAUACGAUACGGCUGCUUGGACGAAUGCCGGAAUGCCCGGCAUAACGCCGGGGAAAAUGCGGAUGGCUCACUCUACACGAUUCGGGAGUGGCUGGACUACCUCACCGUAAUCGAAGAAGUUUAUGGAAUUCCACGCCAGUACUAUCGACCGUCAGACCCCGACUUCAUCAUUACCCUACGAAGCAAGGUAGACUUGUGCGAAGGGGAGGAGCCGAACACCCUCAAAAGUGUGCACCUCGUCACCAAUGCGCUCACUGGCGAGUUCAUGGAGCUGAUCAUCUACCAACACCUCCGAUGUCAGACUGAAGAGAUGAAAUUGGAGAUGGGAAAGUACUAUCAACUCUACUACGUGGGAGCCCGCAACUCCAACCCUGUUCGCCUCUUUGCCUCGACCAACACGGAAAUCUACGAGUCCGGACGGGUGCAUAAUCUCAAG